AUGCCGCAUGCGGAAACCCUAGCUGUCCGUGCUGGAGGUCGCGAGCGCCCAGCGCCGACCCCACCCCUGGCAGUGGUGCCCUGCUUCCGCGUGGAGACGCUCGCCAACGACAGCAGCGGCGGCUGCGUGGACGACGAGGUUCACAUGCAUUCUGGUUGUACAGCAAUGCCAGGCAAGAAACUUGCCUCCCAGCUAGCAGUAACGUGGAUACCAUGCUCUUCUGGUUGCACAGAGGUUGCCUACCACCUCUGCAUUUCAAGAAGUGAUUGUGCGUUAAUAGAGGUUGAGUCAUUAUCAAGUCUAAUUGUCUUAGGUAAGCUCCCAGAAUUUAGGAGACGACUUCUCCGGCUUGCAGAAAAUCUGACAGUUGAUGUUGAUGCUCAGAUUAGUCUUUUUGAGCUUGACUGCACUUAUCUGAAAGCUAAGUUCAUUUGCUGGUUCCAAGGCUCAAGACCUAUUAUGACUGCCAAAAAUAAGUUUGGUGUUGCAGCGAAAAUGAGCUUGACCCCUUCAGCCCCCACGCAGGAGGAGAAACUUAUUGGUUGA